AGCAAGAGAACCAAAUAACAAGAUCAAUCCAGCAUAUAUAUACAUAUAUAGAUAGAUAGAUAGAUAGAUAUCGUAUUGAUUAGCUACUUUGAUCGUUGUAGCAGCUAGCUAGAUAUGGCAGAUCACCAGGAGAUGAUCCACGCGCCGGCGUCCAUGUACGGCGGCGGCGCGGCCGCGAGCAGCGCUACGACGACGACGGGGGGCCAUGGUGGUGACUGGUGGAGCGCCGCGGUGUCGUCGUGCUCGGCGCCGGAGCCGACGAUGCAAGGGUUCGGCGGCUGGUCGGCCGCGGUGGUCGUCGACGGUGCCUCCAACACGUCGAGGUCAGCUGGCAACGCUGCUGCUUCCUCGGAGUCGCCUGGAUCGAACUCGCUCGCCACCGGCAGCUCCGUAACUUUCCAAGAACCCUCCGGCGUCGCCGAUCCGGCCGCCAUCGCCGUGCAUGCACAGACGGUGGCCGGCGGCGGCUGGAAUCAGCAGGCUUUCUUAGAUGGAAGUGGUUUCCAUGGGUACAUGAGCUCAAGAAGCGAUCAUACUCAUCAUCAUCAUCAGAUCAACACGCCAAGCUUGAUGAGCCACUCAUCAUCAAAUAACAGCGUGAUGCUGCAGCAAGAGCAUCACCAUGACCAGAACUACCAGUUCUUAUCCAACCUCGGGUUCGAGCUGCUCUCGUCGCCGACCUCACCGUACGGCGGCGGCGGCUUCCGCUCCUCGCUGCUCAGAAGCCUCACGGAGCCCGCGGCGGCGGCCAAGACGAACUCAUCGCCGGCCGCCGGGUCGUUCCAGCAGUAUCAUCAUCAGCCGGCGGCGAUCAACCUGCAGCCGCCAGCCGCCGGAAGGGAGACAACCAACAGCACGGCGCCGUAUUGGAACCCUUCCUCCGGGUUCACCGUCGCGGCGGAUGGAGCGGCCGCACUAGGUGCCGCCGGCGGAGGAGCUCCGGCGAGCCUUUCAGCUAAGAGUGCAUUAGAAGGAGUAGGAGACUCCAGCUCAAUCAUCACCAAGAAGGCAAAGGUUGACUCCACGCCACUCAAGAAAUCGAGAACGGGGACGCCAUCAGCAUUGCCGACGACCUUCAAGGUAAGGAAAGAGAAGCUUGGGGACAGGAUCACAGCACUCCAACAACUAGUCUCCCCUUUUGGAAAGACGGACACGGCAUCGGUGCUCCACGAGACAAUCGAGUACAUCAAGUUCCUGCACGAUCAAGUUGGUGCACUUAGUGCUCCUUACCUAAAGAACAGGCAACAAGUGCCCCACUUGAAGAGCUCCGGCGACAAUAAUAACUCGAAGCAGGGCGGCGGCGGCGCCGGCGAGGCAGCGGCAGCGGCGGCGAGCAAGAGAGACCUCACCGGAAGAGGGCUGUGCCUGGUCCCGAUAUCGAGCACCUUCGCCGUGGCUAGCGAGACGCCGGUCGAUUUCUGGACGCCGUUUGGCGCCGCCUUCCGGUGACUAUAGUUAACAGCUGAGAUCAUCAGGAGCUAGCUAAGCUCAGCUAGCUUGAUUACUACCACUAAUAAUUUAUAAAAAUGGCUCACUAAAAGAUGCUCACAUAUAUGCAUGACGACAAUUAAUACGUAUGUACUGUUUCAUGGCAGUACACAUAUUAUCCUAAUUAAUUAACAACUGAUUAGUACUGAGCUAAUUAAUGAAUACUUGCUAGCUAGCUAGUGUAAUGUAGCAUAUAUGUACUGUAAGUGAAUUAGGUAUAUAUAGAUGAACCGUUGGAAUGGAUGCUUGAAGAUUGGAUUCAUUCUUGAGGUUCAUCGAUCAGAGAAUAAGGGGAUCAGGAAAUAUACUGACUGGGGCAUGAAAAAUUAAGCUGAAAGUCAUUAUAUAUAACUGAUCAAGCAUAGUUAACCAGUUGCAUGUUGUUCUAAUUGGUGGGGGUAUAUACAUGUUGAGUAUAUAUGUAAUAAUAAGUCUGGACGACUGAUGUGAUUAACUUGUCAAAGUGUUGGCACUUCCGUCUUAUCAGCGGUAAUUUCUUUAAGAAAGCGGUUUCUAAAGUGAAUCAAGUUUGUAGCAGUUCGAUGAAACACCAACA